GAGACUCAAACGGCCAUCGGGCCUGAGAGGAAGAUUUCACCGUUCAGACUUAUUGAUUAUUGGGGGAUUUAUUUCUUUAUCAAAUCAAGAUGAAGGAAUUUAUUUUGUUGCUCCUCUUCUCUCAUGUUGCAUCUCCGGUGCGUCACUGCAUGAAGUAUUUCUACACGGCUUCGACUGGAGUCCCAAACUUCCCAGAGUUUGUGGCUGUUGGUUUGGUUGAUGAUGUUCAAACUGAAUACUAUGACAGCAACACACAGAGGAUGGUGCCCAAACAGGACUGGAUGGAGAAGGUCACAGGUGAUGAUGCUCAGUACUGGGACAGGAACACUCAGAGGGCUCUGGGCUCCCAGCAGGUCUUCAAAGGCAACAUUGAGACUGUGAAGAAACGCUUCAACCAAACUGGAGGUGUCCACACCUACCAGAACAUGUACGGCUGUGAAUGGGACGAUGAGACUGGAGACACUGAUGGUAUUAAUCAGUUUGGUUAUGAUGGAGAAGACUUUAUAGCUUUUGACCUGAGGACAAAGACAUGGAUCGCUCCAAUACCACAGGCUGUCAUCACCAAACACAAGUGGGAGAGAGAGGCAGGUACAAAUGAGCGCUGGAAGAACUACCUCACCCAGGAGUGUAUUGACUGGCUGAAGAAGUAUUUGGACUAUGGGAGGAGCACUCUGCUGAGAACAGAGCUUCCCUCGGUGUCUCUCCUCCAGAAGACUCCCUCCUCUCCAGUGACCUGCCACGCUUCAGGUUUCUACCCCAACAAAAUCAUGUUGUUCUGGAUGAGAGACGGAGAGGAGCUUUAUGAGGACGUGGACCACGGAGAGAUCCUCCACAACCACGAUGGAACCUUCCAGAAGAGCGUUGAGCUGGACGUUUCAUCAGUCAAACCUGAGGACUGGGGGAGGUACAGCUGUGUGUUUCAGCUCUCUGGUGUCAACGAGGACAUUGUCACCAAACUGGACCCAGACGUGAUCAAGACCAACUGGGGCAGGACUGAGAUCAAACGUUAUGGAGGGCGUCAUUCCCUGAAGUAUUUUGACACGGCUUCAUCUGGAGUCCCAAACUUCCCAGAGUUUGUUGUUGUUGGUUUGGUUGAUGAUGUUCAGAUUGUUCACUAUGACAGCAACACACAGAGAGCAGAAGGCAAACAGGACUGGAUGGAGAAGGUCACAGCUGAUGAUCCUCAGUACCUGGAGAGGAACACUCAGAUAGCUCUGGGUAACCAGCAGGUCUUCAAAGACAGCAUUGACAUCGCAAAGGCACGCUUCAACCAAACUGGAGGUGUUCACAUUGUCCAGAGGAUGUACGGCUGUGAAUGGGACGAUGAGACUGGAGACACUAAUGGUUUUUAUCAGUUUGGUUAUGAUGGAGAAGACUUUAUAGCUUUUGACCUGAGGACAAAGACAUGGAUCGCUCCAACACCACAGGCUGUCAUCACCAAACACAAGUGGGAUAAUGACAGAGCUUUGGUGGCACAAAAACAGAACUACCUGUCCAACAUUUGUAUUGAUUGGCUGAAGAAGUAUGUGGACUAUGGGAGGAGCACUCUGCUGAGAACAGAGCUUCCCUCAGUGUCUCUCCUCCAGAAGACUCCCUCCUCUCCAGUGACCUGCCACGCUUCAGGUUUCUACCCCAACAAAAUCAUGUUGUUCUGGACGAGAGACGGAGAGGUGCUUCAUGAGGACGUGGACCACGGAGAGAUCCUCCACAAUCACGAUGGAACCUUCCAGAAGAGCGUUGACCUGCACCUUUCAUCAGUCAAAGCUGAAGACUGGGGGAGGUACAGCUGUGUGUUUCAGCUCUCUGGUGUCAAGGAGGACAUCGUCACCAAACUGGACCCAAAAGCGAUCAAGACCAACAGGGAGAAGCCCAGUAACAUGACCAUCCCCAUCGUUGCUGCGGUGGCUGUUAUUGCUGUGCUCCUCAUUGCUGGCAUCGGAUUCGCAGUGUACAAGAAGAAACAAGGAGAGGAACUCAAAACCAAAUCCCCUCCACCAUCUCAGAACAGCUCCAAAACUGAAAUUCAGAAACUGAAUCCAGAAGCCUGAUGGCCAAACAGACCACCAUGCACACAGUUCUUAGAUAAAUUCUGCACUGGAGAUUGUUGAAGAUUGAAGAUACGCUGUCAGUGUUGUCCUUUUGUAUAUGAACUGGGAAGAAAUGGAUCACUAAUUAU